CUAUGUGUGUGUGCAAAAGUCGCGGAGGGGUUAGGAGUACUAUCAAACCCUUUGACGCAAUGAUAGAUCGAAAUGCUCCUUGUCAUGUGAUAUAGUUUUGACCAAUCAGUGAAUGACAUUCUAUGUGUGAGGUUUAUAAUAUUCACUGGCGCCUACCUUCGCUCCAAAACAUACUUUCGACUCCCCGUAUCAUCUCAUCAUUCGUCUUUCGUCAACAUGUGGUCCAUAAAGCGGAUUUUCUUCCGCAUGUCUUUAGUGUUUUCUGCAUUUAUCUUUCUCAAUUACUGCAGGAACUUCACAACGCUUUCUGAAGAAAAAAACAAGCUUCAUGACGUUAAGAUUACUCUGAUCAAAGCGCAUUCUGAAGAAGAAAAAAAGCUAGAUGAAGUAAAGAUUACUCUGAUCAAAGCGCAUUCUGAAGAAGAAAAAAAGCAACAUGAAGUAAAGAGUACUCUGACCGAAACGCAUUCGGAAGUGAAAAAAAAGCUACAUGAAAAAGAGAAGCUGCUUGGUUGGAGACGGAAUGUUCAAUGGGAGUCCAAAUUAGACCAGCAUGAGUAUCGCUAUCUCAUCAACCAGGAGAAUGGAUGCAAGAAAUCGGAAAGCAUCACCUUGCUUAUCUGCGUAAUUUCUAAAAUGAGUGGUGCAAAACAGAGGAAUGUCAUCAGAGAAACAUACGGCGCGGCAGUGGUUAAGUACAAUGUUUCUGCGAAGAUUUUUUUCCUUACUGGAAUCUCCGGGGACAAUAAUUCAACUCUGCAAGCUCAGCUACAAAGUGAGGCUGAUAUUCACGGAGAUAUUCUACAAGAGGACUUUAUUGAUAGCUACUACAAUCUAACCACUAAACUCAUAAUGGCCGCCAAAUGGGCAUCCACAUUCUGUAAAAACAGUAAUUAUGUAAUGUCAAUAGAUGACGAUGUCACUCUGGACAUCGUUAACCUCGUCAGCGACCUCGAAGCAAAUGUCGUUCUUUCAAAGUUUGUGUUAGCCGAGCCUACAUUUGGCUGGAAACCUAUUCGGAAUCCUGGAAACAAGUGGUAUACUCCAUAUGAAUUGUAUCCGAAGAAGACAUGGCCUCCUUUUCCUCGAGGAUACGCGUAUAUCCUCUCCAUAGAUGUUGCCCAUGAUAUCUAUCGUGCCUCUCAGAAAUUGGCUGCACCGAUACCCUGGGAAGAUGUCUAUUGUGGUAUGCUCUUACAGAAAGUAGGGGUGAAGAUGACGGAUAUAAUAUCUUGGUUUCAGACUAGACAUGGACAUGAGAAACAAGUGGCUCCAUUGGGAGCUCGAGACCACUAUGCGAUUUGGGAUAAGCCCCCAAUACAGACCUGGAAAGCAAUUAUUGAACAAAGAUACAAGAACAUUCACUUGUAGCGAAGUUUGCCUGUCCAGGAAAAAUUACUUGUUUUCGAGUGUUUCCUGGAGCUGCUUUGUCCUGUUGCUGGUUAGGAAGUUGGUUCGACAUAACGGGUGUCU